CUUAUCAAUUGACUCACGCUAUUGUGUAUGCAGUGAUCGCGGCAUUCAGGUGCUGGUCGCAAAUUACACAUUAAAACAUUUAUUUAUUUUAUAAUUAUCUGGAGUGAGAGAGGAUCCAGCAACAUCGUUUCUGUGACCACAAGAUGACUGAAAACGAACCUGCACGGAGCUUCGAGCUGGGCGACGACAGCGACAAUAUGUCCGAGGUUGAGAAUGCCAAAGAACAGUCUCCGGGAGCAAGUGAUGCCGCUGGUAGCAGUCAAAGUACGCCACCACCUCCACAACCGCCACCACCGCCAGCACCCGAUGCUGAAGCUGGCAACAUAUUCGAUGAAAUUCUCCAAUACUUCGCGAAGCAAUAUCCUGCACAGCGUUUUCCUCCCGAUGUUGCGCGCCUUGUGGACAGGUGUCGCCAGGAGGCAAGUAGAUUGGUUGCGAGUGCCAACGCACAGUCUACGGGAUCAAGUUAUGUCGCUGGCAGCAACCAGAAUGAUGCUGUACAGGGUUCAUCACCACCACCACCGCCACCGCUACCGCCACCACCGCAGGCACGGCCGCUACCACCGCCACUAGAGCGGAUGCGACUUAUAACCGCUAGCCCACCGCUACAUGCCAAACAGCCGUCAGUCUAUGAGAGCUCGGAAAUAUCACUUCGCAAAUUAUUAAGGAAUCGCGAGAAAACCAGAGGCAUGCCUCCAGUUACGGGAGAUGAUUUGACACUAGUCGAGUUAAGUAAAUUUUUGUACGAACUCGAAAAGGUGAAGCUCUAUCAUGAGAGUGAGAUACAGAGGCUACUGGAGGUAGGACGACUCCAACAUGUUCACCAAUACACUGUGCUGUUAGAGCAAUCGUUAAGAACGAUACUGGGGAACGUACAUGAAGCACGGAUGCGACGACCAAAUCAGGAAUCUGGGAUGCGACGACUCGAAUUUGUUCGCGAAUACUUCGAGUUGUUACAUCAAUUGAAUACUGUUACUCAACGCAUCACUGCUGAAAUAGCACAGUAUCGACAGUGAACUGUCCUCGUGUUACGUUGUAUUAAACGUAAACCAAAUUUUAUUUUUUUAUACGAUUUCUAUGUGAUCUUAAUGAAAUUUUUUGAGAAGAAAACACCUAUUAAUACUUUGCAUGAUCCAGGAAUCGAAACCGAGACCCACGUUCGCCAAUUGCACUUACCGUCAUUUCACCAGGCCUCUUGUGUAUGCAUAUUAAAUGAUUGAACAAAA